UCACUCACUGACUCAGUCAGUCAGUCACUCACAGACAUUCGCAUUUGUAGGGCUGGCCCUGUUGUUGCUGUCCAGCCAAAAAUACAACGACGUAUUUCGCGGCAGGUUGUUUGGUUUCGCUUUCGUUUCCUCGAAGCUAAUGCUGUCAUUUGUGAGUGUACUCCAUUUGACUGAAGAAGCACGCAGCUGCGGAGACAGGUAAAGAACUGAGUGUGGCCAGAGAGCAGCAAUUUGCAGCAGAGCCAGCCGAAGUAAAGACACCAGCAUGAGCAGAAACAUGCAGGAACAGAACGAAGAAACACCCAUGGAUGUGGAUUCUGUUACCCCUGGCAUGGACGGUGACCGCAGCAAUGAAACCAGUUCCGCAGCCAAAAGAAAUGCUGCCAGUGGAAACGGUCCCACGACCAAAAAGAGUCCUCUCUUCAGUGGAAACGGUCCCAGUGAGGGUGCUAUCACAGCCAGUGCAGAGGCCCGGAUAGAGGAAACAAGUUCCCAGGAGUCUUUAUUUCAGGACCUGUGUACAUUUGAGGACUAUUGGGUAUGCAUGCAGGCUGAGGUGGAUUGGCCUAAGGAGAUAGCAGAAAGCAAACAGAAAGUCGAGCUGCAGAAAUCUGAGCUAGAGAAUGCUGUUUGGCAUCUGCUGAGUAAACACACGAACAAGGCUCAAUGUAUUUGGGGAAUCUUGGAAAAUCAACGCUCAAUAUUCUGGGUAAAACCCCCAUCAGCCAUGGGUAAACUGUGCCAGGAACAGUAUUUGACAAUUAAGAGUUGUAACGCAACGGCCAAAGUAUGCUUUUCACCUGUAUCGUUUGCUCAAUCUUCACCACCUCAAAGCCCAGUCACAGUCCAACCGCUGUCUGUCAAAUACAUGGAUAUAGACAGCAUGAGCAGAACCAGUUCCACAGCUAAAGAAAACGUCCUCACAGCCAGUGGAAACAGUCCCAUGACCAAUGCACAUGCUUUAUUGAGCGGAAAUGGCCUCACAACCAAUAGGAACGCUGAUUUCAGUGGGAACGGUCCCAAUGAGGGUGCUGUCAUAGCCGGUGCAGAGGCCCAGCCAGAGGUCACAGGUUCCCAGGAGGACCUGUAUACAGCGGAGGGCUCUUGGGCAUAUGUACAGGCUGAGGUGGAUUGGCCUAAGCAGAUAGCAGAAAACAAACGAAAAGUUGAGCUACAGAAAGCUUUUCAGAGUCUGCUGAAUAAAUACAUGAGUGCAGAUGAACAAAGCCAAAUGGACAAAGUCGAUUGGCAUUUGGAAGACCUGGAAAAUGGACACUUCGCUAAGCUCAGGGUAAAACCCCAAUCAGUCAUGGAAAGACUGUGCCAUGAACAGCAUUUGAAAUUUAAGAGUUGUGACACAAUGGCCAAAGUACGCUUUUCACCUGUACCGUCUGCUCCAGCUGCACCACCUCAGAGCCCAGUCGCAAACAGAGUGCAGAAUGAAGAAGCUUUGCCAAGGUCCUUUGCAGCAGGGGCCUUUGAGAAGGAGGACCGCAACGGAAAGUUCAGUCAGAGGGAGUCAGAGCCAGGUAACUGGCACAAUAGCAUGGCACUGAGCACAGGUAAUGAGAACAGUGCCUUCAGCCAACGAGACACCCAGGUGGAAGAGGAGACUUUAGCUGUCCCUCUGUUCCAGUACUGGCACAUAGCCACUGCUUGCAACAAGGAGAUUGCCCAAAUCCAGAGGAGCAAUGGAGUCGAUAUCAAAGGACAGGCUUUAGUAUCCAUCAUGGCACCAGCACUUGAAGAGGGCAAGAGUUCCUUACCGAGAGCCAAAGAGGAGUUUACAAGCCUUUUCCAGAAGUGUGCUCAAGAAAUCCACUUGGUCACUGUUUCCACUACCAACCUGGACCAGCUAAACAUGAUGGAGAUGCUGAAAGAGAUUCAGAGAGAGGAAUACAAGCUGGUGCUGAGCGUGUCCUCAAAUGGCUGCCAGCUUUCUGGCCCAAAAGAGAGCCUUGAAAAGUUCCAGAGAAAAUGGAGAUUGGAGUCCCGCCAGUGGGAUUCAGAAGAGGUCUUGCACAAGACUUUUGAGAUGAACCUCCAGGAUCCUCUAGAGAAACAGGGGCUAAGCAUGGAUCUAUUCCACUGGCAGUUCAUAAACAUGGUGUUUGAAAAGCAGGUGAUGGCUAUCAAACAGAAAUUUGGUGUGGAUUUUGCCGUGGAACCAGCUGCAGGUAUCGUGAAUGUGAAAGCUGUGCCAGCCAAGGACCAGAAGUUCCCCCUGGCAUGCCAUGCCCUCAGAGCCCUGGAGCAGCUCUACCAGAAAGGAGCCACCAACAUCCUGGCCUGUCCUCUCAAGAACUCCAUGCACAGUAAGGUGGAGCGCAUCAAGGGUGCUUUCGAAAAAGUCUGCAGUCAACACCCGUAUGUAGCAGCAGGGGAUGCCAAUGGACCCUGGAGACUGGUUGGCUUGGCAGAGCAUCUGCGGCCAGCCGUGGAGGAGGUGGAACACCUGCUGGGUGAAGCUGUCUUCAGCGAGGAGGCAAAGAUGCGGCUGCAACGUCCAAAGUCCUCUCCCACCGCGUCAGGAGGGGCCGCUGCGAGUCAGGCAGGCGUCGCUGAAGACUGUCCCAUCUGCAUGGAUACCCUUAGAGACAAGAAGAAAUUAAAGUGCACGCAUGAGUUCUGCCGCGAUUGCUUAGAGAAGUCAAUGGAGAGCAUAGGUCCCUGUUGUCCUGUAUGUAAAGAGGUUUUUGGAAAGAUAGAGGGGAACCAGCCUGGAGGUAAAAUGAAAUUCAAGAAGAUGAAAUCCGGACUUCCAGGAUUUCCUGACUGUGGCACCAUUGAGAUCGAAUAUCAUAUUCCUGAUGGCAUACAGACGCGUAAUCAGCGGGGUCACAGCACCCGAGAAAGACUCAAUUCUGGAAACUACAGACGAGUGUAAUGCUGUCUCGUCAAUCACGCACAGCGUAACGACUGAAAAGAAAAUGGUUUGACGUGAAAACUGAGUAAAAAGGGAAUAACUGCUAAAAAAAAGGUUGCCAAAGUCUGGCUUUUGAAAGUCAUCCAGCGCGCUGGUGCCAUUAUUGGAGAAACAUCAAUUUCAGGGAUAUUGGGGACAGUGACAUGCCACCAGUUUUAUAAAAGAUUUGUCAUCCAAAUUGUUGUGGACUGUACGUUAUUUUUUAACAAAUUUAGGUGCAGCAUCAAAAAUAUUUAAAGGACAAUAUCUUUAUCUGUAUUUAAUCUAAAUUGGAUUCAAUUCUGGCAAUGGGAUUUACAGUCUCCAUUCAAAUCCAAAUGUGAAAGUAUAACACCGAUGGAUGUAUAUCCAGUUUUACGUAAGUUACAGAUACUCAAGAGCUCUUGUAACAUACAUUUUCCCCGAUUAACUUGACUCCUGAAAGCUUUCAAGAAUACCACAUUUCUUGUGCAAAUGUCUGUACCAACGAUUUGUGAAGAAAUUUGCUUCUAUCAACUUGAAUUUACACAUACUUAAGAGCUCUUGUAACAUACAAACAUUUUCCCUGAUUAACUUGACUCUUGAAAGCUUUCAUGAAUACCAUAUUUCGUGUGCUAAGGUCUGUACCAACGAUUCACGAAGAAAUUUGUUUCUAUUCAACUUGAUAAAUGAGGCCCAUUGGGGAAAAAAAAACAUUUCACAUUUUGAUCAGUUUGUACUUGGGGUGUAAAUUAAUAUUUGAAUAUUCAAAUGCUUGUUUUAUUAAAUAAAUUAGUUCUUAUUUAUUGUCCCUAGUCUGUACUUUGCAGUGGUGCUACACCAUAAAGUGUCCUCACCCCUCACUUAAGCGCAUGAGUACCAAAAUACACCUUUUCCAAGUGUACCUUUAAAUAAAAUUCAAAGGGACGGGCACCAUUUCUUUUGUUUGGCGGUGGUCAGUACAAAUGUAGGUUUUGUUCCAUUGCAUGAUCUGACACCAAAUUGAAAUUAAUCCAAGUCUUCUUCUCUUCAGCAUGUGCUAACAGUAAUACGUUUUAGUAGGGUUUUUCUGUACAUUA